AUGUCAGUCCCAGACUCCUUCGGUUUGCAGCUAGCCAAGUACACUAAUGUCGCUGCAUCAGCAAUUCUAAUUUAUGACUACUUUGUCACGUUACACUCUGAAGUCCAAUGGUCCUGGGGACGGAAGUGGGGGAUUGUUCGCAUUACCUUCGUGGUUUCGCGAUAUGUGCCUUUUAUUGGUGCACUCAUGACAUCAUACUCUGCUGUUAAGACAUGGGGCACGCAAGAUUGUGUGCCAUUUAAUGAUGCUGUAAAUGGUAUGCAUUUCUUGGGAAUCAUUGCCUCGGAAGGAUUAUUAAUUGCCAGGAUCUACGGCUUCUCUGGGAAUAACAACUCUUAUUUGAUCGUUCUUCUCUUUUUUUGUUCGGCCAUUUUAGUGACGGCCGUGAUUUUAAGCGCUGCCCCUAUCAAUUUGAACAUAACAGGCGACUCCCCGCCAUGCGUGUUCGAGGGAAAUCGUCGUAAUGCCCUUCCGUAUGGACUUUUAGUGUUCCUCGAGAUUGUUCUUAUGUCCACUACCACAUUUUUGAGACAUCGACACUAUUUUGGUUCCCACAGCACGCUGAUGAGGAGUAUCUAUCGUGAUGGGCUGCUCUACAUGUUCUGCAUUAUGAUGAUAUCCUCAGCGAACGUAAUUAUAAUCGCUGUGCUACCUCUCUCGUACAGCGAGAUGCUAAACACGCCUCAGAUUGUUGCGCAUAGCGUUCUUGCUUCUCGCAUACUAUUCAAUCUUCCAGUGAACAAUGUGCCAGUCUUCCCCACGUACCAAUCGACGCCUUCGACGGAAAUAUUAUCGUGUCCACAUGAAUUUGAUGCUAUGUCUGGAGGCGACUAG